AUGAGCAAGUCAUCACUCACCUACGAAUGGCAGAUAAACGGCGUCGCUGCCUUGUACGAAGCGACCAAAGCCCCAGGCGUUCCAACUCAACCACUCUGCUCUCGAGCAUUUGGAGGUGGAAAAUGGCGGUUAUUCCUGCACGGAAACAACGGCAGACCAGGUUUCGAUGGUUACAUCGGCCCCACUGCCGAGGAGAAACGGAGUGAUGUGAUGGGAAAAUGGUCCCGUGCAGGCAAAUAUUCUUUCACUAUCGAGCUACAAACUAUCGAUGGAGAGCAGACCCUCAUUACCGUCUCGACUCGAGAAGAUGUGACGUUCACAAACGAGAAAAGGCAAUGGGGCUAUCCGGAUUUCGGACUGAGAGAGGAAGUAUUUGAGAACUGUCUCGGGGUGACGAUGCACGAUGCAUUUGUGCUGAGUUGUACUAUUCAUACAAUGCCGACUACACCGCAAACCUCGUUGGCACCCUCGCCAACUAUGACAACCAUCACCCUCCCGGAGACAAAUCCUCAAGGAUAUUCGUCCCUCCCGUCCACCCUCGUUGAUGUCCUACGCUCCAUGGUAGACGACCCUAGUAUCUCCGACGUCCAAUUUGUAUUCCCGCGGAGUAAAGAGUCCAGGUACUCGACGGGUGGAAUGAAAAAUGGGAAGAACAGCAAAUAUCACCACGCAGGCGGUGUCGAAGACGACAUUCAGAGCGAAGAGGGCGGCCUUGCAAACUCUGAAUACGGCUCGAUGCCCAACGUCCGUAUCAUCUCUGCACGCAAAGAUAUCCUUGCACUGCGGUCCGAAUACUUUUCCAAACUAUUCGCCAGCAACUUGGCCAACGGGGGCACCCUGCCUAGUUCGCCCGCAAACCGGAACUAUCACGCCAACCCAUACUAUCGCUACGGCGCCGAGGAGGACGAUAUGUAUAACGAGACGGACGGCGAUGCAGGACCAGGUGUCGACCCCGAUAUCCCAGGUACUAACCUCAACACCAUUCCCUCGGAAAACCAGUCUCCACUGUAUGAAUCGCCGCAUCACCCACGCAAGACGGUCAUUCUUGUCAACGAUAUUCCAUAUUCGACAUAUCGGGCUCUGAUUUACUUUUUGUAUACGGACAACAUCGUUUUUGCACCGUUGGCUUCACAGUUUAUGGCCCAACAGCUCGAAGGGAAGAAUGGUGGCGUGAUGAAUGGGCCCGCGACUCGACUGGAAUGGUUACGGAUCUGGAAGAAGGAGAAUCGCGGAUACGCUUUACCGUGCUCGGCAAAGUCUAUGUACGCCGUAGCGAGUCGGUUCAAGCUCGCCUCUCUCAAGAGGAUCGCGUACGAAUUUAUCCGCAAGAAUCUCAACCCAAGUAACCUUGCGUUCGAGUACUUUGACUCGUUCACGGCCGCCCAUGAUGACCUGCGUAACCUUGCACUGCAAGGAAUGGUCACACAUUGGGAGGAAGUACAACGCUCUCCAGCCAUGAUAGAAGUUUGGAACAGACUCACGACGGGAGACAUGCCGUUCGCAAAGGAUUUGCUCCCUCUGCUCGUCAGAGAACUUUCACGACCCCGCAACUAG